AUGUAUCCCAUGGGCGAGCUGCCCACCGGCGGGCUCUGGUCGAAUGGUAACGCCGUCGGCACUCUGACAUCUGUGCCCGGGUCUGACCUGUAUGUGAAUGCCACAACGAUUCACAUGGACGACUUUAAUGCGAGGUCUACCGGUGGUCCGUACAUUCUGGCGGCGCAGGGCGUGCUCAAGACCGAUGACGACCACUACAUUGGUAUAUAUGGCAAAGGUCUUCUGGCCAACACGCAACAUAUUGAGGCCAUCAUGGCCAAUGAGACAGGGGUGAAGCCCACGAGCUGGGGCGAGAUCGAGACCUACACCACCUGGACCUUCCAAGCCUCGGGCAAGUACGCGGCGCUGACCGAGUCGACCUUUGUGGCCAAUAUCAGGGUAUACCCGUCCGACGACAGCGACACCGUCUCCUACAUUGACUAUCGCAUUAGCAAGGUCCUACCAGGGUCGCUCUGUGAGGCUGAGGGGGACGAGGAAAGAAAUGUAAAUGGAGAAAGGAAGUUUGGUGACCUGACGGAUCAGACUUUUUGA